CAGGUAAGAGUGUUCAUCAACGUACAGGGACUCACUUGUCAGUAAUCAACAUGGUCUUCAAAAUCCUGACCGUGUGUCUUGUUGCAUCUCUUCUAGAGACUUGCUUAGCUGACUAUGGCAGGAAGUAUGGCAAACCUUCUUAUGGCGAAUACGGAGGAAAGAGAGGUGGCGGUCGUGUCAGUGGAGCCGUAGCCCAUGCCCAUGCCCAUGCCCACGCAAGUUCAGGCGCAGACGGAAGAUCAAGAGCACAUGCACGAGCAGUUGCCCAUUCACAUUCCGGUGGUGGUGCAGCACAUGGACACCCAGGAUUCCCCGCUGGUAGCGCAAGUGCAGCCGCACGAGCAGCAGCUAGAGCAGGAGCAGUAGGAGGAUUCGGCGGAGGUGGAUUCGGAUCAGCAUCAGCAGCAGCAGCAGCUAGAGCAGCAGCAGCAGGAGGAGGAUUAGGAGGUGGAUUCGGAUCAGCAUCAGCAGCAGCUAGAGCAGCAGCAGCAGCAGGAGGAUUCGGCGGAGGUGGAUUCGGAUCAGCAUCAGCCAAUGCAGCAGCAAACGCAGCAGCAGGAGGAUUUGGAGGAUUCGGCGGAGGAUUCGGCCCAGGAUUCGGUGGUCCAGGUCAACCAGGUGGUCCAGGAGGUCCAGGAGGUCCAGGUGGUCCAGGAGGUCCAGGUAUGCCAGGCGGUCCAGGAGGUCCAGGUGGACCAGGUAUGCCAGGUGGUCCAGGAGGUCCAGGAGGUCCAGGAACCGGUGGUCCAGGUCAACCAGGUGGUCCAGGUGGUCCAGGAGGUCCAGGUAUGCCAGGCGGUCCAGGAGGUCCAGGAGGUCCAGGUAUGCCAGGCGGUCCAGGAGGUCCAGGAGGUCCAGGUGGUCCAGGAGGUCCAGUUGUAGGUGGCGGAAUUCCAGGCAUAACAGGACCAGCAGGACCCCCAGGCCCAGCAGGACCACAAGGACCACAAGGUGAACAAGGACCACGUGGACGAACCCCAGCAGGAACACCAGGCCCACCAGGCAAUCCAGGCGAACCAGGACAAGCAGGAGCACCAGGAGCACCAGGAGCACCAGGACAUGGAGGAAAACCAGGCACCGCAGGAGCAACAGGAAAAGCAGGACGCCCAGGACCAAGAGGACAACCAGGAGCAUCAGGAUCAUCAGGACAACACGGAGCAUCAGGAGCACCAGGUCGUCCAGGUAACCCAGGAUCAACAGGACGUCCAGGAGCAACUGGAGAUCCAGGCAGACCAGGAGCAACCGGAACAGCAGGAAGACCAGGACCAUCAGGAGCCCCAGGAAACCCAGGAGCACCAGGAGCAAUCGGAGCACCCGGACCACGUGGAGCACCAGGAUUUGUUGGAUUACCAGGACCAAGAGGCUCCCCCGGAGAACCAGGAAACCAAGGACCAAUCGGAGGCCCAGGAUAUCCCGGACCAACAGGACCACAAGGACCCGAUGGCGCAAUGGGACCACAAGGACCAUGUGGAAAUAGAGGAGCACCAGGAGUACCAGGCAAACAAGGACCAGUUGGCGGGCAAGGACCAGCAGGGCCAAGAGGACCAAGGGGAGAUGAAGGACCAGUAGGACCAAAGGGCGAACCAGGAGCAAAGGGAGCUGAUGGUAAACCAGGAGACAAAGGAGGUGAUGGGGAUACUGGACCACAAGGACCAGCUGGACCUAAAGGCGAAGUUGGAGACCAAGGCGCACCAGGACCAAAGGGAGAAACCGGAGAUCAAGGAGCAAGAGGUGAAGCAGGAAAGGCCGGUGAACAAGGACCAGGAGGCAUCCAAGGACCAAAGGGACCAGCAGGAGGACAAGGACCAGCAGGACCAGCCGGACCACUAGGCCCACAAGGACCAAUGGGUGAACGAGGAGCGCAAGGACCAACAGGACCAGAAGGACCAGUUGGAGCACCAGGACCAAAGGGAUCAGUUGGAGACCAGGGAGCACAAGGAGACCAAGGAGCAACAGGCGCAGACGGCAAGCAGGGAGAACCCGGAGAACGUGGACAACAAGGAGCAGCAGGCCCAGUUGGCAGACCAGGACCAAGAGGAGAUAGAGGAGCAAAGGGAAUCCAAGGAAGCCGAGGACGACCAGGUGCAAUGGGUAGACGAGGAAACCGAGGAUCACAAGGAGCAGUUGGACCACGAGGAGAAACAGGCCCAGACGGUAACCAAGGACAACGUGGAGAACAAGGAGCACCAGGAGUUAUCACCCUUGUCAUUGAAGACCUCAGAACAGCCGGAGUAGAAAGCCCUGUUGAAGCCUUUGACGCCGGAGCAGGACCCGGUGGUGCAGGACCAUUUGGAGGAGCAGGACCAUUUGGAGGAGCAGGAGCAGGUGCUGGUGCUGGUGGAGCAGGACCAUUUGGAGCAGGACCAUUUGGAGCAGGACCAUUUGGAGGAGUAGGUGGAGCAGGAGUAGGUGGAGCAGGACCAGGUGGAGCAGCAGGACCAGGUGGAGCAGCAGGACCAGGUGGAGCAGCAGGAGCCGGUGGACUAGGUGGACUUGGAGCUGGAGGUUUAGGUGGACUAGGAGCUGGAGGUUUAGGCGGACUAGGAGCUGGAGGUUUAGGCGGACAAGGAGCUGGAGGUUUGGGCGGACUAGGAGCUGGAUUAGGAGGCGGUCUUGGCGGACUAGGAGCUGGAUUAGGAGGCGGUCUUGGCGGAGGAGCAGGAGCAGCAGCAGCAGCACAAGCAGCAGCAGCAGCAAAUGGAGGACUCGGAGGUGGAUCAGCAGCAGCAGCAGCACGAGCAGCAGCAGCAGCAAAUGCAGGACUCGGAGGUGGAGCAGUAGCAGCAGCACAAGCAGCAGCAUCAGCCGCAGCAAAUUCAGGACUCGGAGCAGGAGCAGCCAGAGCAGCAGCAAGUGCAGCAGCUAGAGCAACCGUAGCAGGAGCAGGACGUGGAACAGCAGCAGCAGCAGCCAGUGCAGCCGCACAAGCACAUGCAGCUACAAAAGCACAAGGAGGAUCACACGCACAUGCUGCCGCUGCAGCUCAAGCAGCUGCCAGUAGUGUAAUCCAUGGAGGUGGACACGGUGGACACGGUGGACACGGUGGUGACUAUCACAAACCAGGAUAUUAAACUAAUUGACACUAAUAGACAUUUAACUAUUGUAAAUUGAAUAUGUUACUUUAUCAAUAAAAUCUGCAAGUGUUUCCAGUA